AUGGCGACGAUGAUGGUGGUGGUGGCGGUGGCGGUGGCCUGUGGUGGGCCAUUUUGGGAGGGUGGUGACUGGUUUUUGGUUUUGAUUUGGGGAAUUUCAUCGGCGAUCGGCACUGUUGCAUCGGCGACAAAGAUGGGUUCUCCAUUCAAGCCAGAGGAAGCUAGAAUCCCUCCUGCUAUUCCAUUGGCCAACCCUCCAAUUUCCAAGAUUCAUCUCUUUGACAUUGAUAUACCGGGCCAAAUGGCGUUUAAAGAAUCAAAGACUCAUGCAGCAGGGGAGAUCCCAACCAUCGUGGACACAGAUGUUGGACGUAUUGGUAUAGGCAUAUGCUAUGACAUUCGAUUUCAAGAACUAGCAGCAAUAUAUGCUGCUAGAGGUAUGGUUUAUUUAAUUUUCUGGAAUUAG